CCUUGAAGAACAACCCCCCCCAUCUGGACGUCUUACAGAGGCAAGUCCUAGGACAAGCCCAAAGAAGCCUCCUGAACCUUGUUGCGAGAACUCUCUUCCAGCUUUACAGGCACAUCUGCCAACUCAGUUCUGUUAGAGAUCUGGACCUGUGGUUCCCACUGAGCUCAGCCACCGUUCCUGCCUCCCGUUUUAUAGGCGAUUGAGAAUAAGGACGGUCUCUUUUUCCGUGUGUGUGCUUGGCAUCAGGCAGUGGGGGUGGGGUGGAGUGGGGUUUGGAUGACUGAAAACAGAAGCAAAAUUCAGUUGAGGACGUCAGCCACGGAGGUGACAGACCUGAUUUGGACUAAGCAGAUAUCACGUGUUAGAGUCUUAAGGGUCUUCUAUCAAACUGCAUGGACGGAGGACUGGUUUGGGUCACGUGCCACCCACAUACCUAUAAGCAUCGUCUAACUACACAGGGAGCCAUUUAAGCGACCUGUGUUAUUUCCUUCACAUACAUAGAGAAUUUCCCAUAAAAACCAGUGCGUGAAUAACUUAUUUUCUCCACCGAUUGGAAGCCCCCCGUUUGGAAAACUACUCAGAAGAGAUGAGGUAAGUUUUGCGCCAAAACUUACUUUUACAUUACAAGGAAAAGAGCAAGUUUUCUUCUUCUCCUUGAAUUUCGCCGAAAAUCAAGGGCUUUAUCUGAUACUUCGGGCAUGCAAGGUCAUUUCUCAUGAAAAGGUGAAAAGGCACAUGAAAUCCGGAUCUCCACGGAUCACUCAGCAGUAAACCCUGGGCGAUGCUGCUCAGAGGAUUUGUGUGGGAUCCAACUUUUGGGGGUAAAAGAAACACAAAGGCUCCUCCCCCGAGGGGCGGUGCGGUGCCUGACGAUGCACCAAUCACAGCGCGCCGUGCUCUAUAUAAGGCCUUGAGGCUCCCCCUCCACCCCUAUCCCACUGCACAGUACGCUUUGCCUGGUACGUCACUUCUGUUUAUUUCUCCGUGAUAUGUCGGAGAAGGUUCCUGUGGCCACAGCUGACACGGCCCCCGCUCCCGUGGAGACUCCUCUAGCUAAGCGGAGGGGGAGAAAGCCGGUGGGCAUGUCAGGCUCAAGUCGCAAGACCCCGAGCCUUUCUGUGUCCAAGCUGAUCACGGAGGCUUUCGCGGUGUCCCAGGAGCGAGCUGGCAUGUCUCUGGCCGCGCUCAAGAAGGCGCUGGCGGCCGCCGGCUACGAUGUGGGGAAGAACAACAACCGCAUCAAGCUGGGCCUCAAGAGCCUGGUGAGCAAGGGCACCCUGGUGCAGAUCAAGGGCACCGGCGCCUCGGGCUCCUUCAAGCUCAACAAGAAGACCAUUCCUGAACCCCGCAAGAGCAAGGUCAAAAGGCCCACUUCUGCCAAGGCGAAGAAGCUGAUCUCCAAGGAUUCAAAGUCCCCGAAGAGUGCCAAGACCACCCAGAAGGCCAAGAAGCCUCGGGCAGCAACAGCCCCGAAAGCACUCCGAGGCAGCAGGAAGGCUAAGGGAGGCCGGGGCAGGCGGCCGGCGCAAAGCCCAGGAAAGGCCCGAGCAGGGGAGCCCAAGGCUGGGAAGGCCAAGGUCACCCAGCAGAAAACCAGCACCAGGAAGGUGGCAUCCAAGAAGUAAACCGAAGGCUGAUUCUCAAAGAACCCAAAGGCUCUUUUAAGAGCCACCCCAAAUACUUUAAAAAGGGCCCCGCACUGGAAGCUUAGAAGUUCGUAAAUAGGUCACCGCACGGUCUACUAAGCAAGUUUCAUUGUAAGAUGUGGAAAGUUUCGUCAGAUGUGGUGUCGCCCAAUAGGGAUUCCAGUAUUUGAAAUUUUUUCCUGCGUUGCCUGGUCCCAAAGAGCUUAAAUGUUUCUAGUUACAACACGGCAU